AUGACUCUGCCCAGGCGCAAGCCAGAUGCCUUCAAGACUGGCCGAUGCGACCGUCCAAUCCCAAAGAGCCUCAUGUCGUACGAUAAAAAGAUUCCAGGUCGUAUCCUUGUGCUCGAUUGCAACGGCGUUGAAGCACGGAAGGCGGCGAUAGACAGACAAGAACGGCUCGAACAGCACGCGUUGGCGGCCAGCGAUGCGAAUGGUGGCGCAGACGCCACAUCACCGAUACCUAUGACCAGCCUGAGCGAGAGAACAACGACGGACGAUACAACCCCCACCUAUCUUCCAGACCAUGACGCCCGCGCCGCAACAGUCGCAACGGCGCGUCCUUCCCCUUCCUUUGAGCCUCUCCACAAUAUGCAUGCCGUGCCUGCAACACGCGACGCCCUAAGUCGGGGCGCACCGACGCCUGCCCAAAGACAGGAUCGCCGCGACUCGCUCGCGAUUCCCAGCGUCGUUUCAUACGCGCGCAAACAACGGCCAAAGCGACCCAAGAAGACCGCCCAGGUCGUUGUAGACCACAAGUCGUCAGUUGAGGCCCCUAGAGACUCUUACAUCGUCGACGCUUCCGCCAACAUCGCUUCGGCACACACCCAUCCCGUAUCGCACCGCACCACUCAAACGCUGGACCGCGCGUUGCUGAGUGGUGCUCGCUCAUCAAUGUCCUUCCUCUCGCCAUCUGGCAUGCCCGCUGUGUCGACUGUGUCAUCACCGACGUAUUCGCCCCUUAAGCGCCGCCACGACUCGGACGUCAACUAUCCGUAUAAAAACGCACGCCUCCGCCAUUUUGUCGAGCCCGAGAAUGCCCCCUCUCCGCCCCUCGCGGACAAGCACUAUGAUCUCUUAGCGGCGGAGCAUAUGCGCUGGGCUCACGCCGGUGGCGUCUCGUCCUCCGCUGUCACCAACAGCACUAUUGACCACCAUCCAACCCUAUACUUCCUCAACCUGCCCGUCCUCGCAGAGGAGACCAGGCAGUAUACUCAAGGGCCGCCGCUCACCGGAUAUGAGGUGUUCGAACGCCCUAUUGGCUUAGCUGCCGAUGGUUUGGCCCAGACGAGCAUCUUGGAGCAACGCGAUGCCGAGCGAUGCGGCUACGACGGUCAACAUUUCGCAUUGCCGCUUGCCAUCCCUAGUGUGGCCUUUCAGGAAAUGGUCCCCCAUGACGAAGAGCCCGUCUUCACGCUGCAAACCACAAGCUCGCAAUCGUCCAACUUCAUCAUGGACGAUCCGACACAAUUCAGUGCGCCUUCCCAUCCUCUGGAACUUCAGUUUCAACACGUGGACGCUCGCGUCGAGCGCGACGCUUCCUACGGUCCGCCGCACAUCGCCACCAUGCAUCAUCGAACAUAUAGCGAUACGACGCGCCCGGAUGCUACGCUGCACCGCCCAAGCUCCGCCUCCGAGUCUACGGCGUCGUCCGAGUUUAUUGAAGCCAUCGAUUCUACCUAUGGGCUUGGGCGAGGUGAGCCUGAGGUGGUCGACAUUGGUUUGGGGCGCGCGUUCACUGGCCCCGGACUCGCACCCGCACCGAUUCAACUUUCAGUAUAUCAGCAGGAUGGGGUUUUCCCGAUCGCAGGUCGCACGCCGAGUCUGCAGCAGCCUGAGUGGACGUCCGCCGAACUCAAUACCUCGCACACCCCCGCCUGCAUUCGGCCAUUCAACGGCAACUCGCACGAGGUCACCUUCUUGCAGCAGGAACAGCCGCCCCUGGACGACGGUAGCAUCUUUGCGCCGGAGCAUGUAGCAGAACUCGGGCUCUGCCACUCCUUGGACGUACACUCUUGCUAUGUGCCGGAUGCGAGCGUCUCUCACUCGACUGCAUCGCACGCUCAAGUUUACAACAUUUGCCGGGGGGACAAUCUAGGCCCUGGUGGGUUCCUGAACCUACCCAUUGGCCCCCGAUACGAACUUGCUUUCGCGUCAGAGAGCUCGUCGUCUCAUGAUCGUUUAGGAGUCCACACCCAUUUCCUUUACGACGUCGCCCCCGGUCAGACACUGGCACCGGUUCGCGAUGAUCUACUCCCCAAUUCGGCGCCGCACCUGGACCAGACGCGCCAUUCUCCGGGAACGACCGUUCACAAUGGUUUGGUCAUGGCAUGUGCGGUCUCACCUCAGGUUGAACCUCCUUCAGCCAUGGGUCCGUUUUACGAACAGACCUACGACGGUCCUGAGGGCCUCGAUCACUACUCCCUCUUGCAACACGAUCCGCCGACAGCUUACGAGCCGCAGUACGCAUUUCCGCAGGGCACCUCUGUGCAUUGGCCGGACGUCUCACACUUCCAGGCGGAUAGCCUCGGCUGUGCACCGGUGAACGUGAGCAAGUCCCUGGCAGCACGGAUAGAAGACCCAAAGCCUGCUUCCGAGGAAGCGGUAUCAGCAGAGCGUAAACCAGAUGGAGGCCAGCAGGACGGUGAGACGCAGUCAGAAGAGAUCGAUGAUGAUAGAGACAUGCAUUUUUGGCCCGAUCGGGACCUUCUGCGUCUCGGCACCUUCCGGUGUAAUUCUGGGCUCGCAGGGCGGCCACGCCGGUCGUCUCAGUUCAACACGUAG